GAGUUUAAUACAAUUCAUGAUUUAUUUGCUGAUAAAUUUAUUGAAAUUAUACAUUUUUUCGUGACUUGAUUCUAUAGAAAAAACGUAAUAGGUAACGAAAACAAAUUUUAUGCCAUGGAUUUAUUUAAUUUUUAAGAAAGUAAGAAGAUAGUAAAAAAUGAACAUGUUUAUUUUAAACGACCAAGAUUUCUUAGGAAAGUUUUGCAUUCCUUAUAUUUCAUUGCCAAAAAUUAACCUUUCACGAUCCCAGAAGGUUUUAAUUAUUUGCUUCACAAGUGGUACGUUAUUACUUGGAAGCUUGGCACAAUUAUUAAAAAGACGUAGAAGACAUUCUAUUCCUCCAUCCAGGCGACAUUUAAGAGAUUCAAAACAAAAGUUAAUUCAUUCAAAGGCUUCUAAUUUUGAUGCAAUUUCUCAAGUGUCUUGGACACGAAGAAGCGAAACAAGUACUCGUAGUGUCGUUAGUGAUAGACUAUCUAUGAUAUCUUCAGUAGCCGGAGGUUUUGAAGGAGAUAUUAAAUUAACUCCUCAACAGUAUGGAGUCCUUGGUUUGGAAGCAUUGGAAAAGGCUCUAUACUGUUGGGAAGAUGCGCUUACAGCAUUUAGCUCAGAGCUCAAUAAUGAUACCAUAGUAUUGCCUUCGAAUGCCGAUGCUGCUUUUACGCGAGAUGUACAAGAACUGCUUGAUUUAGGUUAUCAAAUACAAAACAAUGCUGAACUGCUUUUUAUAGAUCAGCAUUCUGUACUAUUCCGUAAUGAAAAUGAAAGUGAAGAAAGUCACAAGCUUUCAACUGUGGGACCUACAUUAUCUAUGAGUAAAGAUCCUACAUCAUCUCCUGAAUCUUAUGUAUCUGCAAAAGAUGGCGUAGCAGAUUUGCGAGAAUUUGAAGAAUUUUCAGAAUACUUCCCUCAUUUUGAACAGCAAAAACUUUAUCAUGCAGCGUUAAAACAACAUGAGGAUAAAGGAAUUUCAUGCAGGAUGAGUAAAAACGGAUUAGAUAAAAGAUUGCAUACUGAUUUAGUUAAAUGUGGAUCAGAUGUAGAAUAUUUAGCCAAAGUACAUUGUUUACGUCAAGCAUUUUCUCGACUCUUUAGUCUACCAGGUGCAUCAGCAUGGGUUGCUGAUGUUGGUCGACAACUAAUAAGCGAUUUAAUUAUUUUUGCUGAUAGAGAUCCAAAAGAAUAUUUGGUGCACUAUGAGAAAAUGCUUGAGUUUCUUAGCAAAGACACCAAUCUUCUUAUUAUGGAAGAAGAAUUAGGUAUGCGAGGAGUGAAGUAUAUUAAUUUUUAUGACGUAGUAAUAGAUUUUGUAUUAUUGGAUGCAUUUGAAGAAGUUGAAAAACCACCAUCUUCUAUAAAGGCAAUACUUCAUAAUAGAUGGAUAUCAGCAAGUUUCCGAGAAACGGCGAUUGGUACAGCAGUGUGGUCAGUACUAAUGGGUAAAAGACAAAUGCUUAAAUACUCAAAAGGAUUUAUGGCGCAUUUUUAUUCAAUUUCAGAACAAGUUACUCCUGUAUUAAUUUGGGGUUUUUUAGGUCCAGAGAGUAGUUUGCGAUCUAAUUGUUAUUAUUUUAGGGAACAAAUAAUUGAAUUUUUAAUUGAUAUCUUUAAUUUAUUCAAAGUUAGAUACACAAAUGUGGAUAAUCUUGCUGAAGACAUACUUAGAGAAAUGAAGAUACAUGUAGAAAAUAUUAACCAAAGGCUUUCUUUAGAAAGUUAAGUUAUCGACAAAUGUACAUAUUUAUUAUUGAUUUCAAAUGGAAUUAAGCUUUAAAUCAAUAACUAUUCUAUUACUCCAGUAAUAAACUAUAAUAUAUAAGUAUGACUAAUUGCAAAUACUAAA